AUGCCCCUUCUCCCCCGUUCCCUCCAGGCCAUCGUCGUGGUCACCGCAGCCAUUGUUUUCUUGGGCACGCUCUUCUCUGUGCUCACUGACUCCUACCUCGACACCUCUAAUCCACUCCUCACCACACUCCCUCAUCACCUCUCCGCGACGCACCGCUUCGCAUCGAAGAAGAACAUACUCAACGUUUACUUCACCAAACGUCUCUGGGCCUGGUCGACCGCGACUUUCCUUGCCCUCUUCACCACCUCCUCCGCCCCCGCGCGCCGCGCGGCUCGCGCGGCUCAAUACGUCCUGGCCACCGCCCUCUUCCUUGCCUUCACCAGCUGGUUCUUUGGCCCCUCCUUCCUCGACCGCCUCAUCCUCUCCACCGGCGGCGAAUGCACCCUCCACCUCCCGUCGGGCGACGCCGUCGCGGUUCCGCAAGAAUACUGCGUCUCGCGCACCACGCUCUCCCCAGGAACCCACCCUGCGAUCUUCGCGGGGCACCUCCACCUCCCCUCCGACGGCUGGACGGGUGUCGCGCGCCUCCGGAAGGGCCACGAUGUGUCCGGCCAUAUCUUCCUCCUCACGCUCUCGUCCCUCCUUAUUGUGGACCAACUCCGUUGGUCGUUCGGACACGCACGGUCCGCGGCGCAUACGCUCGCGGUCGUGUUUGCGAGCGCGGUCCUCGGCGCGUCGCUGUUCGCGAUGUACACUACGAGCGUGUACUUCCACACGCCGCUUGAGAAGUUUACGGGCUACGUGCUUGGGCUGGUGUGCUUCAUGAUCACCCGCCUCCCCCUCUCUUUGAACGCCGUCUCUGCCUCGAUACCUGUCGCUACCCCUCAGUGA